AUGGUCACGCCUAAGGACGGGCGUAGACCGACGUUUGAUUCACACCGAAUGUCACUCUACGCCCAUCUUUUGGUGUGGCCAUACUCAGUGGAGUCUGGGCGAAACGUGGCCUCGAUUGACAAAGAAGAAGACUUUCUCCAGAAGGAAAACCCAGUACACGACGUUCUCCUGAAGGACAACUCAUGCUGCAGAAUCCACCUCCUCAAUGUUCCUGGCAGCCCAACCCACCUCUCCACUGUGCUUACAUCCGGGCAGCCCAACCUGGGUUCCAACCGUCCCCAUGCCUCUGCAGCCCAACCCGCCACCCCACCGUCCCUGUGUCAGAAUGGGACAACCGCCUCCCCACCAUCCCUGCACCCCAGCAGCCAAACCUUCCUCCCCACUGGCCCUGCACCCCAGAAACCCAACCCGCCCCCCGACCAUCCCACGCUCUUCCAGCCAAACCCAACUCCCAACCGUCCCCAAGCCCAACACAAAGCCAAACCCGCAUCCACACCAUCCCCGCAUCCCAGCGCCCUAGAAGCCAAACCCAACUCCCAACUGUCCCCAACAGCCUACCCACCUGACCUCCGUCCCUGCCCACGGUCCAGUAGCCCUACCCGCCUCCCCACCGUCCCUGCAGUCUGCAGCCCUACCCGCGUCCCCACCGUCUCCGUGGCCCUGCAGCCCUACCCUCAACGAGAUGGGCAGAUAUUUUCCUUAACGUAA